AUGAGAAACAUCAACCAUCGCGGCCGUGCACUUGCAUCCGAACAGAUUCUUUGCGUUGCCUUACGUUUCUUUGCGAAUGGAAGUUUUCUUUAUAACAUCGGGGAUGCUGAACAUAUUAGUAAGGCUACUGUUUGCAGAGCGGUAAGGAAAGUGUGCCUCGCUCUUAAGCGCUUUCUGAUAAUUUUUGUAUUGUUUCCUGGGCACAAACCAGUGAGAGUCAUCAAAGAGGAGUUUCACAGGAUUGCAGGAUUUCCAAAUGUGGUUGGAUGCAUUGAUGGCACACAUAUUCCGAUCAUUGCACCUUCUGAAAAUGAAGCGGACUAUGUGAACUGGAGAUCCAUCCACAGUAAUAAUGUGCAGAUCAUAUGUGAUGCUGCACAUAUAAUUACAAAUGUGGAGGCCAAGUGGCCUGGCUCUGUUCAUGACUCAAGAAUCUAUCGGGAGUCAACCCUGAGCAACAGACUGGAAAGGGGAGAGAUUGAUGGCUUUCUGCUGGGAGAUAGGGGUUACCCAUGCCGACCAAAUCUUAUGGCCCCUUACCCAGAACCUGAACCAGGCCCACAGCAGCACUUCAAUGUGGCACACUGCAGGACGAGAGCCUGGGUGGAGAUGACCAUAGGCCUGUUAAAAGCACGUUUCCAGUGCUUACAUCACCUCAGGGUAACCCCUGAAAGGGCCUGCGACAUUAUUGUGGCAUGUGUUGUUCUCCAUAAUAUUGCCAUAAUUAGAGGGGAGCAACACCCUGCCCUACAAUUACAAGACCCUGAGGAAGACCCCAUCAACCCUGCAGAUUUCCAGGAUGGAAGGGUAGUCCGGGAUAUGAUAUGCCGCAAUGUCUUCUCAGAUUAAUACACAUGAUAUCCACCACCACCACAAAAAAAAAUGAAUAAACACAAAAUCACAGCAAUUUAUGGUGUUC